AAAAACCAACCAAUCAGACGUUCCCACGACAAAUUCUAGAUUUAUAUUCGGCGUGUCAAAGAAUUCCAGUCAGUUUUUGCAGUUAAAGAGGAGAAUAGCGUGUGUAAAGUUUAUCGUGUUGAGAAAGUGCAAGAGUUUUGUAUUUUUGUAAUAAUUAAUUGACAGAACGCAAGAAAUCAAAAGAAAUGAAGCUGCAUUUGGCGUUGGGGGCACUGUGCCUCGUCCUGUCCGUAUGGGCAAAAGAUGACAAAAAGGAGAAGGAAGACGUGGGAACAGUCAUUGGGAUUGAUUUAGGGACAACGUAUUCGUGUGUCGGCGUGUACAAAAACGGUCGCGUGGAAAUCAUCGCCAACGACCAAGGUAACAGAAUCACCCCCUCGUAUGUGGCCUUCACCGCCGACGGCGAGCGUCUCAUCGGCGACGCCGCCAAGAAUCAACUCACCACCAACCCCGAAAACACAAUUUUCGACGCCAAGCGUCUGAUUGGACGUGACUGGAGCGAGCAAAGUGUCCAAAACGAUAUUAAAUUCUUCCCGUUUAAAGUCAUCGAAAAGAAUUCAAAACCACACAUUGCCGUUGAAACCAGUCAAGGAAACAAAGUUUUCGCGCCUGAGGAGAUCUCAGCCAUGGUUUUGGGCAAAAUGAAAGAAACAGCUGAGGCUUACUUGGGCAAGAAGGUCACCCAUGCUGUGGUAACGGUGCCUGCUUACUUCAACGAUGCUCAAAGACAGGCCACGAAAGAUGCUGGGACUAUUGCCGGGUUGGUUGUUAUGAGGAUUAUUAAUGAACCAACUGCUGCGGCAAUUGCCUACGGUUUGGAUAAGAAAGACGGGGAGAAGAAUGUUUUGGUGUUUGAUUUGGGUGGUGGUACUUUUGAUGUCUCGCUCCUGACCAUUGAUAAUGGGGUGUUUGAGGUCGUGGCGACCAAUGGUGAUACCCAUCUGGGUGGUGAAGAUUUCGAUCAGAGAGUUAUGGACCACUUCAUUAAAUUGUACAAGAAGAAGAAGGGUAAAGAUAUCAGGAAGGACAACCGUGCGGUGCAAAAAUUGAGACGUGAAGUUGAAAAAGCGAAACGUGCUUUGUCUUCAGCCCAUCAAGUUAGGAUCGAAAUUGAAUCGUUCUUCGAAGGUGACGACUUUUCUGAAACUUUAACAAGGGCCAAGUUUGAGGAAUUGAACAUGGACUUGUUCAGAUCUACUAUGAAACCGGUCCAAAAGGUUCUGGAAGACGCUGAUAUGAAUAAAAAAGACGUUGAUGAAAUUGUUCUUGUUGGUGGUUCAACUCGUAUCCCGAAAGUGCAACAAUUGGUUAAGGAAUUUUUCGGUGGUAAGGAACCCUCUCGUGGGAUUAACCCUGACGAAGCUGUUGCUUACGGAGCGGCUGUCCAAGCUGGUGUUCUCUCCGGUGAACAAGACACUGAUGCUAUUGUCCUCCUUGAUGUUAAUCCUUUGACCAUGGGUAUUGAAACUGUAGGAGGAGUCAUGACAAAAUUAAUCCCACGUAACACCGUAAUCCCUACGAAAAAAUCCCAAGUCUUUUCGACCGCUUCUGACAACCAACACACCGUCACGAUCCAAGUCUAUGAAGGUGAACGUCCUAUGACCAAGGACAAUCACUUGCUGGGCAAAUUCGACUUGACUGGAAUCCCUCCAGCACCACGUGGUGUCCCUCAGAUCGAAGUCACUUUCGAGAUCGACGCCAAUGGUAUUUUGCAAGUUUCGGCCGAAGAUAAAGGAACCGGAAAUCGGGAAAAGAUUGUUAUUACGAAUGACCAGAACCGAUUGACUCCUGAAGACAUCGAUCGUAUGAUUAGAGACGCGGAGAAGUUCGCUGAUGAUGACAAGAAAUUGAAGGAACGAGUUGAAGCAAGGAACGAAUUGGAGAGCUACGCCUAUUCGUUGAAGAACCAACUGAAUGAUAAAGACAAGUUGGGGUCGAAGGUCUCAAGUGACGAGAAAACGAAGAUGGAAGAAGCGAUCGAUGAGAAGAUCAAAUGGUUGGAGGAUAAUCAAGACACGGAAGCUGAAGAGUACAAAAAACAGAAGAAGGAAUUGGAGGAUGUUGUGCAACCAAUCAUUGCGAAGUUGUAUCAGGGAGCUGGUGGGGCACCUCCACCAACCAGCGAAGACGACGAUGAUCUUAAAGAUGAGCUGUGAGGUGCAAGCAAGACUGAAUUUAAUUACAUUUUCUAGCCCAAUAGGUGUGGAUGAGUGUGGAUUGCGUGCGGUUUGAAUAAUUCGGGUCUUGAUUUCAAAUUUCCCAGUUUUUUGUAUUAAGUAGUAAAUCUUUUAUAUUCAAUUUUUAUGUGCGUACGUACUGGUAACUUAUUUAUUUUUUCCACGAUCAAAUAUGAGCGUACGAGUGUAGAUUGUACACUUGUAUUUGACUUGUUACGUUGUAAAUUUUUCAAAUAAACUCGUGAAAAAUUA